CAGUGUUGUCACUUCGCAUCGAAUCUCGCAUUCAGUCAUGCCACCUACACCAACACCCGUCAAAGGAGCCAAAAAGGCGUCCAAAUCUAAAGUCCCACGUACUGGAGACAAGAAGAAGAAGAGGAAGAGGAAGGAAAGUUAUUCUAUCUACAUCUACAAAGUCAUGAAACAAGUUCAUCCUGAUACUGGCAUCUCGAGCAAAGCUAUGUCUAUCAUGAACAGUUUCGUUAACGAUCUGUUCGAAAGAAUCGCUAAUGAGGCCAGCCGUUUAGCUCACUACAACAAACGUUCAACCAUCAGCAGUCGUGAGGUCCAGACCGCUGUCCGUCUUCUCCUCCCUGGUGAGUUGGCCAAACACGCUGUCUCUGAAGGUACAAAAGCUGUCACAAAAUACACCAGCACCAAGUAAAUCUUUCUCGUAUUUGAAAACUCAAUGGCCCUUUUAAGGGCCCUUCAUAUCCUAACCAUUGUUCAUCUCAACCU